CAGUAUAAAAGGAGAAAUCUGAAGUAUUACUUUCUCAUUUGAAGGAGGGUGCGGUACUUGAUGUUCGGGCUAAAUUCCUAACCUAUUACAACAUAUUGCACAUACAGUCGAUCGAAACUCCUGGAUAAAAGAAUGAUGCUGUUUUGCCAUGGAAAAAUCUGUCUUACAAAAGAGAGAAGCAGAUGAAAUAAUCUGGACCAAGUGUGAGAUGACUGAGAGUGUACCCACAAUGGAUACCUCAGAGGAGGAGGAGGAGUUCUAUGAUGCACCGGAUGACUGGCUUGAGCCUCAUUGUGAGGAAGGAGUCUCUGCUGCAACACCACAGUCUGAAUAUGUUCCACCACCACCAGAGGUAACAGUUCUCUAUUCAGGCAGUGACACUGUUUCUCUUGGCCUGACACCCACUGAUUCCUCUGUUGAGUAUAAAGUUCAUAUAGAUUACUCCUGUGAGACGCAGAGAGACACUCUGAUCCGUGUAGUCUCCAGCGCUGUAGAUGUUGAAGGACUGAAUCCUGGGACUGAGUAUACUUUCAGCAUCACAAGGAUAGCAGAAAAUGGAAAUCAAAGCAAAGCAGCCUCUGUUUCUGUCUUUACAGAACCUGUUCCUCCUGUGAGCAUAACAGUUUAUAAUGUCAGCAGCGAGUCACUGUCUCUGCAGUGGGACACUCCUGCUGGUGAACUGGAGACCUACAGUGUGACUUGUUGCAUGGAGGGAGAAAUCGUGCAAGAGGUGACAACAGAAGCAAACAGCGUUACCUUCAGCAGCCUGAGGCCAGGGGUGUGUUACUCCCUCCAUGUUUCUGCACAAAUGAAGAACAAAAGAAUAAGCAAGCCAAUUGUAACAUCUGCCCGCACAAAGACACACCAAGAGAGGUUACUAGAAGUCCUGGGGUUGGAGCAACACUACACACAGAAGUUAUCACUGAGCAAAAUACUUCAGAUUGAUGAGAGGACCAUUACUGAUGAAACUGCCAAGUGUCAAUCAGAUCUUCCAUGGUAUUUUCUGAAGAAGCUAAUGAUGGUUAAUGUGACAGCCAGGAAUGUGAAGUGUACAUCAGAAUGUGAAUCAGCCUGUGAUGCUGUAUCAGGGAAUACGAAGUUAGAUCUGAAGAAUCUGGUUGAUAGUCCAAAUUCAGGUGACAUGCUGAACCCCCUCGACAUCAUCACUGCUCUCUUUCUGUGUUCUGAUGCUUUUGUACAGCAGGAGAUGGCACUCAAAAUGUCUAUGUGUCAGUUUUCUGUGCCGCUGCUGCUUCCUAAUUGUGACACACAACAGUGCACACUCAUGCUUUGGGCCUUGAGGGAUAUUGUUAAAAAAUACAGACCUCAGUCACUUUCACAAUCCAAGGGUUUUAUUGAAGACAGAAUUGUUCUCUCUGAACUUCCAAUGAUAUCCUUUGUGAGACUGGGGGAAUGCUCCUUGUCCAAGUCAGAGAUUCUCAAUAAGCUUCUGAGCAAUUCUCAGCAGUACCAUGAUACAUUUGUUCACCACGAUAUGGAGUGUGGCGACAGUCCAAGAAGAAUAUCUGAUGGACUGACUGAAAUUACUUGGUACCUUCCUUGUGGAAACAAAAACAUGGAUAUUUUCAGUGAGCCAGUAGCUGUAGCUAACCUUCGAGGGGACAUUACUUCAUUUGAAACACAGUUUUCUUUUUUGUGUCAGACAUCUGCUGCAGUUUUUGUCUUCUUUGACAGUCUAAAAUCUGGAUGCAGACUUCUGACCAACCAGAACUACAAGGCACAGAUCUUCUUGGUGGGUAACCAUCAGAGCAAGACCUUCAGUCUAGAUGCUUUAGAACAAGUUGCAACUGAGUUGGGCUUGAUUAACAACAACAUUGUUUUGAAGACUAGGCGGAUGAAUGACGCAGACUUCGUCAAAAAUUUGAGGAAAACUGUCAGCGAUGUAGUUGAGAACUCAAAGAUGAAGAUGUGCAUAGAGCAGAUGGCUGACAUUGCCCAUGAACUGGGAAUCUUGGUUGAUGAAGACUGUCCAGAGUGCCAGACUGCCAAGAAAAAUGCAGAUGCCAUCGCUGCAGAAAUUCAAAACACCCUUAAAUACAAAGAAGAGCAGCUUCCCCUGCAAGGACAAAUAUGGAAAGACCUGACGUGUUUAGAGAAGGAAGAAUUUCGGCUUCGAAAAGUUGGGUCUGAAGACAUAGAAAAAUACAAAAGUGAUCUUCAGCUACAGAAGGAAAAACUUCGGGAAAAACAGAACUCUUAUGACAUUUCAAAUCCAAUGACAUGUUUCAUCAAUGCAAUAUCAAGCCCAGGGACAGAGAGAUGUUAUUUCCUGAAGUGGAUUCGAAUUAAUCUUGAUAACCUGUCUCGAGACAAAAUGUCUUUCCUCAGGGAACAGUACAAAGAAAAAUCCAAGAAUUCUGAGAACAAAAAUGUGCUUAAAGACAUUGACAGAGAACUUUCCAACAGCUCACUGGGGACUGAACACUUCUUCCGUGAAAUGGGUCAGAUCUAUGAAGCUUCAGUUUCCCUUCCAGAAACAGACCCAUCACGUCAACAGUUACAGCAUCUGCCCAAACUCUGUGCCGGAUUGCUGCUGGAUGGAUUUCCCCUUGAGCUUGUAGAUGGAGAUGCUUCCAACAUACCUCUCAGAUGGGUGAGUGAUGUUCUCUCUCAGCUCCAUGACUUGGUGUCUCCCAAGAACAAGAUACUGGUAGUCACAGUUCUUGGAGUUCAGAGCACAGGAAAGUCCACUCUUCUUAACACCAUGUUUGGAGUGCAGUUUGCAGUCAGCAGUGGUCGAUGCACUCGAGGUGCUUUUAUGUUGCUCAUCAGAAUCAAUGAAGAUGUCAGAAAAGUGCUCAACUGUGACUUCAUGGUGAUCAUUGACACUGAGGGCUUAAAGUCACCAGAGCUUGCGCAACUGGAUGAUAGCCAUGAACAUGACAAUGAGCUUGCAACACUUGUCAUAGGGCUGAGUGAUAUCACCAUCAUCAAUAUUGCAAUGGAGAAUUCAACAGAAAUGAAGGACAUCCUGCAAAUAGUUGUGCACGCUUUUCUCAGGAUGAAAGAGGUGGGCAAAAAGCCGAAAUGUCAGUUUGUUCAUCAGAAUGUAUCAGAUGUUUCAGCCAAUGAGAAGAACUUAAGAGACAGGAAACUGCUCUUGCAACAGUUAAAUGAGAUGACGCAGGCAGCCGCCAAAAUGGAAAAGAAAGAGGAGAACAAGAGUUUCACGGAUGUGAUGGAGUACAGUCCAGAUACUGGGAACUGGUACAUUCCUGGACUCUGGAAUGGAAACCCACCAAUGGCACCGGUCAAUGCAGGGUACAGCGAAGCUGUAUAUGAGCUCAAGAAAAACAUCAUCCAUCUACUGGGAAAAUGUGAUUCAUCUGCUAAUGAUAUCUUGGAGUUCAAAGAGUGGAUGUCAAGCCUGUGGAAUGCAGUAAAGCAUGAAAACUUCAUCUUCAGCUUCAGAAACAGUCUAGUGGCUGAUGCAUACAUGAGGCUAUGCACAGAAUUCAACAAAUGGGAAUGGGAAUUCAGAAAAGACAUUUACAAGUGGGUUACAAAUGCUGAAACAGGAAUUUCAAAUUUCGGCACAGUUGCUGCAAAGUGUGAAAUAGCUGACAUGAAAGAUUUCAUCACGUGUUUGAAAAGUGAAGCCUCCACAGUGCUGUCUAAGUGGGAGACAGAGCUUCUUGAAAAUUUGACAAAGUACUUCAAGCAAACAGAGGGUCAUAUCUAUCUAGUAGAAGGAUACAAAGAGGACUUUGCAAACAGUGCAAAGAGCCUUCGACGAGAAAUGGAAAACUCUGUGUUUCAUCAGCUGACUGCAGCAGCAGAAAUCAAACAGGGAAUGAGAGAACUUGAUACAAUCAAGGAAAAUCACACAAAAGAAAUUGAAAAGGCAGUGUGCGCACUGAUUGAUCAAUGUCGGAAGAAGAAUGUCCAGAUGAGAGAUCAAGAGCUGGACAAGGAAUUUAAUAAGAUGUGGAAUGAAACAGUGAAGAAACUGUCCUUUUCUGAAAAAAAGGCAACAGAUGUCUUCACCAAUGUAUCCUACCACCUGAGAACAAAUCUGUCAUACAAGGGGAGUCAUGCAUCUAAAUUGUUGAGUGAAAAAAACCUGAAAGAUUGUGGCAAAAUGCCUUUCAAAUAUACAGAGGAGGGAUUCUGUAAACAAGUUAAACACCAAGUGAGCAAAUGGUUAAACUGGCAAGAUCACAUCAUGAUGGUACAAAAGAUGGCUGACAGUAUCAUAGCUUGUUGCAUUCAGUUUGUGACUGAAAUAGUCGAAAGGAAAAACAAUUACUCUGACACUUACAUCCAGGAGAUGCUACAAAUGAUUGAUGAGAGGCUGCAAAACGAUCAGGAUGUAAAGACAGGCAUUGAAUUUGAAGUUUCUCUAAAACAACACAUCUGUGGAGUUGCAGCCAGAAAAUUUCAGAAAAUGCACGAAGACUUCUUACAUGUGAAUGAUCCUUACAGAUGUCUGGAUCAAAACAAAGGGAAGUUUUGUGCUGAUUUUAAAGAUGUGUUUCAUAAACGAGACCAGUGCCAGAAGAAAGCAGAGGAAUUCACCAGCCAAUGCUUGAAGCCUGCAGUCGAGGACUUCAUCAACCGUUCCCUGGGUCCUGAUAUCAUUGGUGAGAUGCUGACACAACAACAGUUCAGCACAAGAAUAUUCUUCCAGUAUUCAGUUUUACUGGAUUUGCUUACAAAGGAUAAUUUUGAAAACUAUUUGAGCUACAUUUGCUCAUAUGAGGAAUAUGUGAAGAAGUGGACACUCGACCAGAUAGUGACUCACUUCUCAAAUGGUUCUAAGAUUUCUGAGUUUGAGGAUCGUCAUAUUCAGUCAAGUAUCAGGAGCAUAAAUGAUGCUAUCAACAAGGCCAAAAUGAUAAAGAGUGGCAACUUGAAGACAUUUGUCGAUCAUGUGUGUCAGGAACUUGGAGAUAAACUGGUAAUUUCCCAGGAUGCUCUUAAUGCUUUCAUGAUUCUGAACAACGCGAACCAGGAACAGUUUGCUGACUGGUUAACAGAGUGUGUAAAUGAGAUGGGAAAAACUCUUAGAGAAGAGUUCAAAAAAUCAAACAUCCAGAAGAAACUGAAGCAUCUUCAUUUAAAGCCUCAGAAUGAGAUUUUCACCAGACUGAUUGGAUGUGGUAAACAGUGUCCGUUUUGCAAAGCUCCAUGUGAGGCAGGAGGAAAUGCCCAUACUGAGCACUGGGCUUCGAUUCAUCGCUCCAAUGGUCUUGGGCAAUUCAGGUUUCACCACUCAGAAAAACUUGUAACGGAUGUAUGCUCUUCUCUCGUGAUCAGUGACAGGAAAUUUCGAUGCUUUGCAACAAAUUUUGAAUGGCAUCCUUACAAGGAGUACAGUAACAUUUUUCCCACCUGGAGAAUUCCUCCUGAUGUAAGCCUCGAGGCAUCAGACUACUGGAAAUAUGUGAUGGCAACAUUCAACAAAAAGUUUGCCGAAGAAUAUCAUGCAAAGCCUGCUGAUAUUCCCUCAACCUGGAAAAGAAUUACAGAUAAGCAGGCAAAAGCCAGCCUUCAACAGUCAUUCAACAUCAAGUAAGAAGUAUGGCUGCCACUUUGUCGAAAAGAAACUGCCAAUACUGCUACAACCCUGUGAUUUUUUAGUUCAGCCAGCGAAUUACAGAUUGAGAUUAUGUUCAUACAGUAUUUGCAACUCUAAUAAAAAAAAAAAAUACUAAUCAUAAUGCAACUAACAUUUUCUUUUUAAUUUUGAGUGCGUAGAGGUAUAAGUCCCCCUGCUAUGAACAUUUUGGGUUUAAUCUGUGACAUACAGGUGAAUCACCAAAAGUAACAUAAUGUAUAUAAAAUGACAACCCAAAAUAAAUUGCCAAUACACUCACAUUUUACCAUUAAAGUUUACAACAGGGAUUGAAUUGAAAACCAGUGCAAACUGGUCACAUUUAUCCAAGAUUACAUUUCACACUUGACCUGUUUGUGAGAAAUAAUGGAUCUUCUUUAUGUUUUAUUGAUAUGUUACACUUUACAUUUUGAAACUUUGCAUGACUGUAUAUGAGACUUUAUAUGUUAAAAGCACAUGCAGAAAUGUUAACCUCUGUAUUUUGGUGUGAGCUUAGUUGUAUUUUAUUCAUUUUUAGUAUUUGAAUGGUAUACAUGAAAUCAAUAUGAUAAUAAAACAAAGAAUUAUUUUUUCAAUUUUUCACAGUCUGGAAUUAGUUAGUUUUUCUUUGGGUCUGUAAAUAAUUUGAAGCCAAAAAGUUACAAUUACAAAAUAAUUUAAGGGCCAUUUAAACCGUCAACAAGUGAUCGUGUCAACAUGUCUACAUUACUUUCAUCUGAUAACUGUCUGAAUAAAAAAACAAAAUCA